UGAACCUGUUGCUGUCCACGCGGCUUGGUGGUUUCAUGCACGCAGCCUGCCUGCGAUGAGAUGGCUUUGACGUGGCUCUUAUUCUUCUUUGGUCUUGAAGCUGGUCUUCAACUCUUCUUCUGUCUCUCCCUGAACUGUUGAUACGAAUACCCUCCUUUGGUCUGUUCGCGCCGUCCUUUUUCACUCGCUUUUGCCCGCCUUAUCAUAUCACUCUUUCCGCGCUCUACCCGUCCACCCCACCAUAGGGUAGAAGUAGGGUGAACAGACACAGACCAGCAGCAGCAGAAGGACCAGACACCCAGCGAAGAUGCUUCUCCGGUGUUUACUAUCGUCGUCCCUGCUUUCCCUCCUCUCCCUCACCUCCGCAGCGUCAGUAGGCUCUCACGGCCUCUCCUCCCGCCAGUCCUCCUCUACAGCAUGCAACAAUUCUCCCUCCCUCUGCUCCAAACCCUACAACUCCGUAGUCCACCUGGGCGCCCACGACUCGCCGUUCGUCCGCGACGCCUCAACGGGCUUCUCGACCUCGGGGAACCAAUACUACAACACGACCGUCCAACUGGACGCCGGCGUGCGCCUCGUCUCCGCACAAGUCCACAAGACGAACGGGCAAUGGCACCUGUGCCACUCGUCCUGCGAGCUGCUCGACGCCGGACUUUUAAGUGACUGGCUGAAAACGGUCAAGACAUGGCUGGACAAUAACCCGAACGAAGUCGUCACAAUCCUGCUUGUCAACUCCGACAACGCCUCGCCCUCGGAGCUGCACUACCAAUUCGAGGACGCAAACAUCGUGGACCAUUCAUACGUCCCUAGCUCCAUCACCACGCCGCCCACAACCUGGCCGACACUGCAAGAAAUCAUAACCGGCGGCAAACGUCUAAUGACGUUCGUCGCCAGCCUCAAUACGUCAGACCCGGAGUUGAACGCAACCACUUCCUAUCUCAUGGACGAAUUCACCUUCAUAUUCGAGAACCCCUUCGAUAACACAAACGUCACGGACUUCACCUGCGCGCCCGACCGGCCCACCGGCGUCCAGAACAACGUGCAAGCCGCCAUCUCGUCCAACCGUAUGGCACUAGUGAACCACUUCCUCUACUCCUCGGGCGCAUUCGACAUUGAAACGCCCAACGUCGGCCAGAUCAACACCACCAACUCUGCGGGAAACAGUGUGGGACAGCUGGGCUACUCUCUAUCCCAGUGCAAUAGCGAGUACGGAAAGGUCCCCACCUUCACAUUGGUGGACUUUUUCGACCAGGGCCCGGCCAUUGACGCGGUGGAUGCCUUGAACGGGGUCACGGAUCCUGUUGGACGCGUGGCGCCGCCGCCGAGGGACACGUCCGAGGAUUUGGGAAGUAGCUCGCUCAGCCAGAGCACCUUCGCCGGUGUGGUGCAGCUUGCCAACGACGUGCGGGCCGGCGAGAAGCCGAAAUUGGGAGCCUGGAUCUGGGCAGCCGGCAAGUGGACGUUGGGCGGCAUUAAUCUGAACGGCGGUGGGCUUUUGGAUUAAGGUACCUCGCUCCUCGCUCUUGGCUCUCGAGAACGAUGAGGCAAAACGGAACAAGCAUGAUUGGUUGGUUGGUUUUGGAUUGGUUUCAUGUGCAGCAGUCACUUGGCGGGGGGGCGAUAUCCUUGGAUGCAUUUGGAUAUACAGCCCUAUGGGGAAGGAGUUUUUUGGAUGGAUGGAUGCACAUACACGGCCUUUUAAUAUACCCUGAUGACGACACUUCGGCAUUCCACGAGAACCAGCAUGAAGAGCAAGGAUUCAGAAAAGGGAUACAUAUGCGAGAAUUUGCAGCAUAGCGGCGGCGUCCUGUUUUCAAGUGUACGACAAAAGGUAUGAUUUGGGAUACCAUGACCAGCAUCAUUGAGCGUAAGCUACUAUAGAUCAGCUCGCAAGGGCGUAUGAACAGAACUUGCACAUCGAAAAUUAUGAACUCGACAGAGCUUUUUCGUGGCACUG